CGACUGGACACAUUAAAACUUGCCGGGAACAAAAUAGACCUGUUGUCGAAUACAUCAAUAGCCAGUCUAACAUAUUUGCGACACGUUGACUUGUCCAAUAACAUUUUGAAAGCAAUUGAUCCUAACACCUUGGUUAACCAAAACGUGAACAUUUUAGUCGGAUUUUUUUCUGGAAACGAGAUUACGACAGUGGACGUUAGUAAUUGGUUGAAGGAACGACCCUUUUGCGAAUAUGACUUCAGUAACAACAAAAUAAGCCAGCUGAGAAACACCAAAAACAUAACACUAAAUCCGGAUAAAAUCUAUGGAACUGGACUUUUGAUUCUUGCAGGUAACUUGAUCAAUACAUUUCCUGACAUGAAAACACUGUUAAACCUUGAUAGUCUUAAUGUGUUCGGAUCGUUGAUCAAUUUCGGAUUCGAUUUGCGGAACGUCCCAUUAACGUGUGAUUGCCACAUGCAGCCUUACCACCAUCUUGCCAGCAGCACGUUGGUACAGCUGUGGAGAGACUAUUUCAACAUGACGUGUGCCAGUCCAGAAUCUUUAAAAGACGCGUCCAUCUUCAAUGUUGACCCACAUGACUUUGUAUGCGAGCUUACACAGGCGGACAAAUGCCCUCGGGGAUGCAAGUGCAUUGAUCAACCUCAAAACGACACCCUAUACAUCGAUUGCGAAAGCGCAAACCUUCUGGAAAUGCCAACCGAGUUGCCACCGUCGCCCUUUUCAAACAAGAUCUCUCUUAACUUGGCUAAAAAUGAUAUAACCGCACUCGCAGAUGUGACAUACCUUAACAAGCUUUCGCUUUUCAAUUUGUCUCGUAAUGAUCUGGACGAAGUCGGCAAUAACAUUUUAGGAAAGCUCGAGAAUGCCAUAAUUGACAUCGGAAUAAACCAUCGAAUCAGAGUUCUACCGCGUUUGAUUCAGUAUAGGAAUGUCUGUGAAACAGUGCUCUCUAAAUUGAUAGUGGAUUGCAACUGUGAAACUCUGUGGAUUGAAAGCUGGCUUAAAACGCGGUCAUGUGACAAUAUUGACCAAUCGAAUUACUUCAAGUGUCAGGUACCUGGUAAAGGUACAAUUUAUAGUACAGAGUUCUCUGAAAGUUUACUUGACUGUCAACAUGACCUCACGCAUUUGAUUUCAAUACCCAUAUUAUGUUCAACGGUCCUGGUUAUUGUCGGUGCCAUUGUAACUUACAUAUUUAGGUAUGAAGCACUUGUCAUCUGGUUAAAACUUACGCACAGUAGCGACUUUGCCAGCUUCUCAUACGACGUAGCGUUGAGCUUUAAUUCAGAGGACGAAAGGUUACGUAAGUGGGUCAUCAAAACCCUUGUUCCUGCACUUCACAAUGAAGGCUAUAGGACGUUCAUGCCGUUCGUUGAUGUAGAGCGUGGUGCUGACAGAACAACGGGUGUUAUUGAAGCCUUUAAAGAUAGUCGGAACUUUGUCCUCAUUUUGUCAACCAGCUACUUGAUUGAUGGUAAAGCUCCAGAAAACGACAUAGAAGAAGCAAAUGAACUAGAACGAAAGUGGAUCGAGAACGAAUGGAAAUAUGCUUGGCACCUGUUCAUAACUGAUCGUCGCAGGAAGGCAAUAAUCGUCAACUACGAUCACAUAUCAGCCUCUCAAGUAGCCGACAAGAAAAUAAAAGCCAUUCUAAGAGUCGGCGACAUGGUUAAUUUUGGAAAUCAUAACGACGACAUGCUCCAAACUAUUAUCCAGAAGAUAGAACAACGAGUAAAACGGACAGGAACGGACGAUUUUGUAGAAUUAAGGGUGAGGCCAAACGCGAAUCAAAGGACAGCGUGGUCAAUUGGUUCAACAAGAGAACGUUCUGCUGUUUCAAUGACUUUCAGCCGGCAGAGUACCAUUACGCCCAAAGUAAUUCACGUGACACCGGCGUUAAUAAAAUUUCGUACAAACUAUGUAGACACAAAAUAACGCUACUGAACUUGUAUUGCGUAAAUGCUUAUACAUUCUAUCAAUUGUUUGCCCCACUAUGUUAGUUUGUUGUUGUUGUUUUUCAUCAUUUUUUCCUCUUUUCAGUUUGUUUAGGCAUUCCGUUCAUGAACUUGCCAUUUCGUAUACGUUUGGUCAACGUUUUUGUAUGUGUACCUUUAACAUCAAGCAUGCUGUGAAAUUAUCUGCUCGUUUUGUUUUGUUUCAUGUUACAUGUAUAGUCCUGUUCAUUAUACUAAAGCGGAUACCCACCUCAAUAUAAAAACCAUUGAAUCGGGAGCUUAGGUACUGCUGAAUACCCAUUCAGAAAAUAUUUAUGACAAAUUAAAUUCAAGUUUUGGUAAAUUGACAAAAUUAAAAAAAGUUGUUUCAGAUUGGCAAAUUUUCGAUUUAGUUAUGAUAUUUGUGAGGAAACAGUAAUACUGAACAUUUACCAUGCUCUAAUAUAACCAUUAUAUGCAUUUUUUGACGAUUUAAAAACCCGAAAAUUAUAAAGCGUUUCAACGCGAAACGAUUGAAUAAUUUGAAGAGUUCUGUUGUUGUCGUUAUAUUUUGUGAAACUACGAUAAUUGCUUAUAUAUAGUAUAAAAUACAAUUAACAUUGUAUGCGGAAGAAUGGUCUAUGUCGCAGACUUUUUACGCCAGGACUCCAGGGGUCAGUGGUUCGAGCCCUCAGGAGGGUUACUUUUUUCAAUUUUAUUCUUGAUUUUUUACUGGAGCUUUUUAGAGCAUAUGUUUACAUUUAUAAAUAGAAAACAUUUCAUGACAAAAUCUGUGAAAAGGCCCCUUUAAUUUAAUAUUUUUGCAUGACAUUAUAUUUUGUUAUUAAAAUGUUUUUAUUUAUAUUAUGAAGGUGUGUUGACUUUUGUGGUGAAAUC